AUGGCGCCCUUAUCAUAUCUGUCAGACUCUGACGUCGCACUCACCACCGUCGCAUGUACCUGCGUCUUUGGACUUGUUGCUAUCGUCGCAAUGGUAGUCCAUGUAUUUACCAAAUGCUUUGUCCUACGCUGCGGAUUUCGCUUCGAUGACUAUCUACUCCUGGCCGCCUUUGUCACAUCGUUAGCUUUAGCAGGCCAGAUCAUAUGGGCAGUAGUUGAUGAGAAUCAAGGCCAGCAUAUUUCAAAAGUCACCUCCAGCCAGUUUAACAAAAUGGCGCAGUCAUUGCUCGUCAGCGAGGUCCUAUGGACGUUUGUAAAUACACUCAUUCGAGUAUCAGCUCUACUUUAUCUUCACAAUAUCUUUUUCCCGUCAAAAGAGGUUCGAUACUGCGCCAUCGGCCUUUGUGUUGUAACGGUACUGUACGGAAUGAUCAGUCUGUUAACAACCGUCCUUAUCUGCCGGCCGAUACAGGCCUCUUGGGAGAGCGGUAUUUCAGGAACUUGCGGAAAUCAGACGGCCGCAUAUGUGAGCCUAGAAAGUAUCGGCCUAUGCAUCGACAUAUUGAUCUUAGUUCUACCGGUGCAGAGAAUACUGAGUCUUUCGUUGACAACGAAACGGAAAGCGGCAAUUCUUUCCGUCUUUUCCGCAGGCGGCAUAGUGACCUUCGUUACUGCGCUGCGAAUUGCGGCACUUCACCGGGUCAACAGCUUGGAUUUCAGUUACAAUCAAGGAUACCUGGGCCUCCUCUCGACCCUUGGCGUACUCCUGAGCAUUAUCGGCUGCUGUGCUCCCUCUUCUGCCAAACUUCUGAGCACUAUCAGCUGUUGUGCUCCCUUCAAUACCGCCUUCAGACGCACCAGUGACCGGAAACGGUCCCGCAAGCUUGACCGCAUUGCCAAAUAUGUACGAAGCGAUAGGACUCAAACGACCAGGGCCAUGUUCAGAAUUAGAGAUGGUCAGCAUGAUCUAGAUUACACAAGUGUCCUACCACGCUCUAUGCACAUAAGCCAGCCUAUCAGCCCCCAAGUCCGACAGUCAGACUUCACGAUACUAGACACACAGUCAGAUGUGACGCUAUCCUCGACCUUGCCGAAGUUUGAGAGUAAGGAGUCGGUGGAGUUGGUGGAGGGCAGAGAUCAAGAGAUCGGCGUACACGACAGAGGACUUUGCCCAGAAGAUGCACCUCUCUCUCUGCGGCAAUUACUGAACUUUGAUAUGCACGAAGCUACUGUACGAUCGUCGCGCCAUUUCGAUCUGCUAAGUGUUGCAGAAGUUUGGUGCAAGAAUGACUACCAAGCUCCGAAGAGACGAUCUCAUUCGGAAGGAGAAAACAUCACUCAUUCCCAAGACAAACAAUCACCAAACCAACCAGUCUGCUCAAAGCCUAUAGUAUCCAUAGAGGACGAGAAGUGA